AAAGGAAACCCAAUAUUUUGAUUCAAAGCCAUUGCAAUGGACUUACUGUCGGCCGCGUUGGACGAGUCCGGGCUCGACCUCAACGACCUCACCGCUCAGGUGAUACCCGAAGAGGCGCCAAGACUUCCAGUCCUUCACCACAACAACAACAAUGUGGUUAAGACACCCAUUCAGGCCUUCUAUGGGAACCAUAUGAUGAACAAAAACGGCAACAAGAUCUCAGUCACCACUUACUCGCUGACGAACCCAAACGCCGCCAAAACGCAGACUUUUGACAUCAAUUUUCCCGUUCAGACGGCGACCGCCAGAUUCGCGCCGCCAAUGGUUCCAUCGGUUUCAUUCUUACCACAAAACAAUCAAAACCUAUCAUUACUUAAGAGGAAUGCACCGCAAGUGCCACCACUUGGAGCCGAUUGGAGCGAAGAGGAGAAACUGGACGCCGAAGAGGAAGAGUUGGCAAUCGUUCACACAUUCAAUGAUUACAUGCCAUCGAAACUGCGGAUUGGUAUCAAACAUCCGGAUCCUGUGGUGGAGACGGCGUCGCUGUCCAGUGUUUUGCCGCCAGACGUCUACUAUAGGCUUAAUAUACCCGAAGAGGUGAUAGACGAGGGAAAGCUGUCGGCCCUUCAGUUGGAGUCCAUAAUCUAUGCGUCACAACAACACGACAACUUCCUCGCCGACGGCUCCAGAGCUGGCUUUUUGGUGGGCGACGGCGCCGGUGUGGGAAAGGGACGCACAAUAGCCGGCAUUAUAUACGAAAACUACUUGAAGGGACGGAAGCGAUCGGUUUGGCUGAGCGUUAGCACUGAUCUUAAAUACGACGCCGAAAGGGAUCUCUACGACAUCGGCGCCAAUAAACUAGAAGUCUUUCUACUCAAUAAAUUUAAAUACGGCUAUAAAUUACACUCUCAAGAGAACGAUAACGUGAAACGCGGAGUCAUUUUUGCCACUUAUAGCUCAUUAAUCAGUGAAUCGACAACAGUUUCCGGCAAAUAUAGCAGUCGUUUCGGUCAACUCGUCCAAUGGUGUGGCGAAGACUUCGAGGGAGUCAUUGUGUUCGAUGAGUGCCAUAAAGCAAAGAAUUUGUUCCCCUCUUCUGGCUCUGGAAAGCCUACGAAAACAGGUCUCGCAGUACUGGAACUGCAAAAUAAAUUGCCAAAAGCGAGAAUAGUGUACGCGUCAGCUACCGGUGCUUCGGAACCAAAAAACAUGGGUUAUAUGACUCGGUUAGGUGUGUGGGGUAAAGGAACUCCGUUUGAAGAUUUUGGACAAUUUGUGUCAACGGUUGAGAAGAGAGGUGUGGGUGCCAUGGAAUUGGUUGCCAUUGACAUUAAGAUGCGGGGCAUGUAUAUGGCCCGACAGCUCAGCUUUCAAGGCGUCCAGUUCCGCAUCGAAGAGGUGCCGCUCAGCAAAGAGUUCAUCAAAUUAUACAACAAAUGCACGGAUCUGUGGGUCAGUGCGAAACUCAAGUUUGACAAAGCGUUGGAACUCAUGGAGAGUGACAACGGAAUCAAGAAGACUAUUUGGACUCAAUUCUGGGCAUCCCAUCAGCGCUUCUUUAAAUACCUGUGCAUCGCAUCCAAAGUGAAGUUUGCCGUCAGUUUCGUGAAAGAAGCGCUGCGCGACAACAAAUCCGUUGUGAUUGGUCUCCAGUCAACCGGUGAGGCCCGCACUCUGGAACAACUCGAAGAGAAUGGCGGUGAACUCAAUGACUUUGUCUCGACGUCGAAAGCUGUUUUUCAGUCGCUGAUUGAGAAGCACUUCCCGGCGCCCAAUAGGAAGAAGUUGUUGCGACUUCUGGGCCGCGACACCAGUUUUUUCGACGAUUUAGGUAUUACUUUAAAACGUAAUUCAAAGGACGAGAUCGUGGCCGCCGUCAGCAAUAACUCGAUGCCGUCGUCGAGUAGAGCGAAGAGUCACUCGAGCGAUGAUUCCUCGUCUGAGAGCGACAAUCAAAGUGAUAGCGAUUUGAAUGAUUCAGACAGUGAUGAUGAAAGUGAUGACGAUUUAAGUCUUUCAGACGAGGACUUCAGUGGAGACGACCUCUCGGACAAUAAGAGUCGGAAACGAAAGUCUAAUUUUCUCGAUAUUUUUCUCAAUAGUAAACCAAAAAAGCCUAAAAAAUCUAAAAAAGUUAAAAAACCCGUAAAAGUGAAGAAACUAAAGAAAAAGAGGCCUAAAAUUGAGGACCAAAUAAAGGAACUGAACGUUAACUUCAAGUCAGAAGACGCGGGAGACUAUUGCGCCAAAAUGAGAGACGAAUUGUUGGAACAAUUGGAGAGAAUUGGCGACAAACUGCCGGCCAAUACAUUAGACGAGUUGAUUGAUGAGUUGGGCGGACCCGACAAUGUGGCGGAAAUGACCGGAAGGAAGGGUCGGAUUGUGAGCACAGAAGACGGCAUACAAUACGAAACCAGAUCUGAGAACGACGUCUCAUUAGAAAUGCUUAAUUUGGUUGAAAAGCAACGGUUUAUGGACGACGAGAAACGGGUGGCCAUCAUCUCAGAGGCGGCCAGUUCUGGCAUAUCCUUGCAUUCGGACAAAAGGGCUAAAAACAAGUGGCGAAGGGUUCACAUCACUGUUGAGCUGCCCUGGAGUGCCGACAGAGCCAUUCAACAGUUUGGUCGCACCCACCGCUCCAACCAGACGAGUGCACCCGAGUAUGUGUUCCUUAUCUCAGAACUUGCGGGAGAGAAGAGGUUUGCGUCUAUAGUAGCCAAACGUCUGGAAAGUCUGGGCGCUCUCACUCACGGCGAUCGACGUGCGGCUGAGACUCGAGAUCUGAGCCAAUAUAACAUAGACAACCGAUACGGACGACUGGCUCUCGAGAUAAUCAUGAAAUCUAUCGUUAAGCUCGAAGAGCCUGUGGUGAGCCCUCCAGAGGGCUAUAGCGGAGACUUUUUUGAUGACUGCCGACAAGGGUUGGCAGGCGUUGGACUCAUUCAUUUGGACGGUAAUGGGAUUCCAACACUCGAUAAAGAUUAUUCACAAAUGACUAAAUUUCUGAAUCGUUUGUUGGGUUUAAACGUUGAGCUCCAGAACUCGUUGUUUAAGUAUUUUAGUGAUACGAUGGAAGCUGUGAUAAAAGACGCCAAACGCACCGGUCGUUACGAUUCUGGCAUUAUUGAUUUAAGCUCUGAUGUGGGAAAUGUGCAGCGAAUAGAUGGGACCGACUAUUUCCUCAAGUCAUCGUCCGGUGCCAUUAAGAUUCAAUUACACAAAGUUUCUAUCGAUCGUGGGUUGGCUUGGGAUCAGGCGCUCACCUCUUUUAAUAAGUCAAUCUCUGAAUAUAUGAACGACACGAAAGACUUCGGAUUCUUCAUCUCCACUGCCAAUAAGAAGGAUGUGUUUCUGGCGAUUCCCGACUCUACUAAUCGGAACACAUUUAAGAAGAUUUUCCGAAUCUAUAAACCGAACUCUGGAUUAUUGCCGAAAACUGAGACACUUUCGGGUCUCAGAGAGAAGGGAACCAAAGCUAAGUCUGAAGAAGUGGAGAGCAUUUGGAAGGAGAGGUACGAGAUGUCGGUCAGUAACUGCACGCAUUGGCAACUGCACGGCAAGUGCAAGCGCUCCAACUGCGAGGUUGGUCUCAGGCAACGCCACUACUGUAUUCUGAGCGGAGCCGUACUUACCGUAUGGCCUGAGCUCGAGAAAGCCAUUCCAUACCUACAGUCCCAUAAACUGCAAAUCGUUCGCCUCCGCACUGAUGACGGCAACAAAUUCAUUGGACCAAUGGUUCCGCCCGCGUAUGUCGGAGUAGUCAAACAAACGUUACAACAGUUACAGAGCACUGGCAUUCAAUUCCAGUCCACUCUCAAGCCAUCAACAACUCUAUAGACUUUAAAUAAAUGCAUC